GAGAAACUGUCAGAACCCUGCUACUAGAGCCUGGAUGUGGCUCUGAGUUUCAGGGUCACUGACAUUGAUAAGACACCUGCGUCCCAGGACUCGGAGGAGAAACGGCUGCUGGACUUGGCGGGGAAUUUGCGCGGGGUUUUACUGAGCGGGAAGAGACUGUUCAAAUGAGGGGGAGGGUAUAUAAAGGAGGGUUGGCCGGAGCCUCCCAUUCUUGGCUUUUCUGAUGUUCAUGUUUCCUACAGUAAAAGUUCCUGGUGAUACCACAGAGAGUCUCGUGUGUUCAUUCAGGAGCGGCUGUGGUGAGCUGACAUUAAGCCAAGAAUCGGACACCAUCCCGCUGUAGCGGUGAGGUGUAACAUGCAAGUGGAGGAUGAAGAGCUCUUGGGCGCCGGAGGAGGAAGGUCGGAAAGGGCCACUCCCGAGACGGACGCUGAGUUCCACCAGCUGGCGGCCCUGGCGUCAUCCACCGCUUAUGCCCAGCCAAAUGGGGUAACCCAGAGGCGCGGAGUGGUGCGGGGAGAUAGCACCGGAGGAGAGGAAGGUUCACCUUCCCCAGGCCCGCAAAAGAUGGUGUUUCUGGAGGAGAGGAUGUCGGCGAUGGAGACCACCCUGGCAGUGAUGUCGAGGGCGAUGGAGCGCCUGGCGGUUUUGGCGGAGCCGGAGCGAGGAAGGGAACUCCGGGCUAGCUCAAUGUGGGACGUGAGCAUGGGAAGCAGCCAGGGCUUUGCAGACCUCCCAGCACCGAAGGGAAGGGAAAUGCGAAAGGAGCCCGGUGCCCGGCCCAAGAUCCAAACGAGCCUGACGCGGGUGGAGGAGAGUGACGACGAAGGGGAAAAGCCUCCGAGAAUCCCGGCUACGCUCCCAACUGAGACCCUGGUGCCCCUGGCGAAUGCCGGGCGUGGCACAGGACAAAGGGAAGCAGCAGCGGGGCCCACUGGCCCGCAAGGGGGCUUGCGACGGGCGGAGAAUUGGGGAUUGCCACCACAGGGACCCCUACCGAGACGAGAGGAACUAAGGAUCGAGUUUGGGGGAGAGUCCUCUGAACUGGAUUUUUUCCUGACCACGGUGAGGGGCUAUAUGGAGGACAAUGCCCACACUUUUAGAACGGAAUCCAGCCGGGUACGGGCCAUUGGUGCAGUGUUGAAGAGGGGAGCGGCCAGCUGGUACGUUCAACUGCACGCGCGGCGCGACCCAUGUCUGGGGUCACUCCGACGCUUUAUGGGGGCCCUGGAGACCCGUUUCCGAGAUCCACUGGAGCAGAUCCGGGCGAGGGAGGAGUUGAAGACCGUCUCCCAGGGGCAGAGGUCGGUAUCUGAGUAUGCGGAGGAGUUCCAAUGCCUCGCUGAAAAGGUGCCGGAAUGGUCUGCAGUGACAAAGAUAGAACUCUUCAAAGAGGGGCUCAGGCGGGAGAUCCUCUCCUGGGCGGUGCAUCGUGAUGAGCCUGACACACUGCGCGGAUGGAUUCAGCUGGCGGGGCGCAUCGAGACAUCGCUGGCCCAGGCGAGGAGGCACCGAGGAGGGCUACAGCAGCGGCCGCAGAUGAAAGAGGGGAGCCGGAAGGAGGGAUCAACCCCAGCCGGGAGGAGAACGGAGCCGACAGGGAACGUGAGCACCAGCAGGAGGGGCUGCUUCGUGUGCGGCCGUUUGGGCCACAGGGCUGCCGAGUGCUGGCAGAGAAAAGGGGAAGGCGGAGGCCCGCCCAAACCAAGAGCCGUGGCAGGGAAACGCGCCGAGGAAGAACCACCGAUGAGGCACCACUCGGGGGGGUUGGACGAAGGGGAGGAGGACGCCAUGUCAGAACCCUGCUACUAGAGCCUGGAUGUGGCUCUGAGUUUCAGGGUCACUGACAUUGAUAAGACACCUGCGUCCCAGGACUCGGAGGAGAAACGGCUGCUGGACUUGGCGGGGAAUUUGCGCGGGGUUUUACUGAGCGGGAAGAGACUGUUCAAAUGAGGGGGAGGGUAUAUAAAGGAGGGUUGGCCGGAGCCUCCCAUUCUUGGCUUUUCUGAUGUUCAUGUUUCCUACAGUAAAAGUUCCUGGUGAUACCA